AUGGCGCACAAAAAAGAUGCCAGAGAUCCCUUGCACAAAGAAAAACGUGAAAGGGGUGGUUACUUCAGGAUAAACAUAGGAGUUAAAAAUAAAAAGAGGAAUCACCACAUAGAUGCUUCUGAGGCUCAGAAGUCCAUUGAUGCAUGUGGGGAGCUGCAGCGGGCCAGUGACGUCCGUGACAGUAACGAGGUUCCCACGUCACUUCCAUUAUCAAAGAAGAGCGCCAAGAAGGUUACAAUAAAAAAUUCAGAUAAAAGUCCAACUGCAGGGACCAAAAGACCACUUUCAGAGGCUAGUGGUAGAUCAAGAGCAAAAAAGGCUGCCAAAUUGAUUAAUGCCAAGGUUGAAAUGACUCAACUGCAAAACAAGUCUAAGCCCGUAAGAAAAGUUGCUCCAAUCGUAUCUAGAUCUCCUAUGAUAAAUAGGAUGGCAAGACAAAGGGCGCAAUCACAUGGAAGUCCAAAUUCGCAUGCAAUAUCUCCCACUGUAGUCGCGACUUUGAAGCUCCCUUCUUUGCAUGAUCUAUCACCUACUGCUACAAAUGGCACAGCAGCAUUUAUUCAUGAUCUAUCACCUACUGCUACAAAUGGUACCCCAGCAUCUAUGCAUGAUCCAUCACCCACUCCUACAAAUGGCUCCAAACGCAGGCCACGCAAGCUUACCUCUAAAAUAUGGAAGGAUGUUGAGCCAAUAUAUGUCGGGGGAUUAUUAAUGCAAGGCCGAUGCAAGUAUUGCGACAAUGUAUUUCCAGCUUCAAAGGUAUCAGGUACCAGCCAACUUGGUAGACAUUUGAAGGCGCAUAUAAAGCUUAAGGUAGCUAGAUGCCGCAAUGAGCUGCAACAGUACGUUGAAGAAGGGUUUCAUCCUUGUACACCAGAUUUCAACAUCCUUAAGUGGUGGGAUGUGAACUCGGAAAGGUAUCCAAUCCUUGGCAACAUGGCUCGUGAUGUGCUAGCUGUACCAGCUUCAACGGUUGCCUCAGAAUCUGUGUUCAGCGCAUGUAGGAGAGUAAUUACAGAUCACAGAAGUAGCCUAGCACCUGAAACUGUUGAGGCAUUGAUGUGUUACGGUGAUUGGAUUAGAUCUCGCAAACCUACAAAUGCUGGACAGGAAAACCGCUGUGAAGAACAAAGAGUGGUGGAUCAUCUUGUCUCUGGUACCUGAUGUGCCAGAUGUUAACUGAUAUGUACCUGAGAGGUUGGUACUCUGAAAUUAUAUCUCCUUCAUUGCGUUUGUUUUUGACAUGCUGUAGCUAGUCUGGUGUGUACUGUAAGAGAACCUAAAAAUAUAGUAGAU